AUGAGUUAUGGUAGCGCAUCGAGUUAUAAUAGGAAGCUCAUAGCUUAUCCAUACUCUUCGCCACCGCCUCCGCCACCGGUGGUGCCUCAGUAUCUUUACUCGUCGCCUCCGCCACCACCGCCGCUUGUGUUUAGCUCGCCGCCACCGCCUCCACCGUGCCCUCCUCCACCAUCGCCAACUCCACAUUAUCAUUACUCUUCUCCACCACCUCCGCCUCCUAAAAAACAUCAUCACUAUCAGCCGCCACCUCCUCCUCCACCGCCUGUCGAAUAUCCUCAUCCACCGAAGGCCUCGCCGCCUACAGCAUCGCCUCCCGGUGCAUCACCUCCAUACACGCCUCAUAAGCCACCAACUGCAUCGCCUCCCGGGACUCCAUACACGCCUCAUAAGCCACCUACUGCAUCGCCUCCCGGUGCAUCACCUCCCGGGACUCCAUACACGCCUCAUAAGCCACCGAGCGCAUCGCCUCCCGGUGGCUCAAGUAAGCCACCGGGCGCAUCGCCUCCCGGUGGAUACUCGUAUCCUCCGGAGACGGGCGCGCCUCCUAAUUGGCCAAUUAUGCCACCCUCAGCAUAUCCACCUGUCUAUCCACCAGGUGGCCUCACGCCAGGCGGGCCCACACCAGGUGGCCCCACUCCAUUUCCACCAACACUCCCACCCGGCGUAGACAUCUCAACUCCUCCGCCCUCCGGCGGCGGCAGCAACCACACCACCGUCAUUGUCGUCUGCGCCACCCUAGGCGGCGUAUUCUUCCUCGCAUUCCUCGCGCUCGGCCUCUUCUGCUUAGCCAAGAAAAAGAAGAAGCCCGUCAUGAUCCCCGCCGCCGCCGCCGCCGGAUACGGCCACCACACAGUCGGAGAAUCCUCUCACCACCUCGCCACCGGUGGCGCAGCCACCGGCGCCGGCCAUGCAAGCUACGGAGACUAA